GUUCUUAAGACUUUGAGGAUAGGUACUUAAAAAACGUUUUAUUAGUACCGAAUAAAUCGGCCAAUAACUAGAUUUAAUGAAAGGUUUCAGUGACCAUUUGUCACUGUACUAAAUCCUAUUACUAGUGUCGCCACUCGCUAGCGACAACAGACGUCAAAAGCCGGGUAGCCGAUACAUAACAUCUCCAAUAUUCGGUUUGACCUUCUCAAGGUGACCGAUACCGCGGACCAGUUCAGUUGCGCUCAGUCAGAGGACCGUCUCGGCCGCGCAAUUUUUAAUUGAAAACUCAAGAUGAGCGUACAGUCAGAUCACGAUAAGCGUAAGCAAAUCUCCGUGAGGGGGAUUGUGGAAGUGGAAAAUGUGGCGGAGGUGAAAAAGGCUUUCAACCGCCAUGUCCACUACACCCUGGUGAAGGACCGCAAUGUGGCGACGCCGAGGGACUACUACUUCGCGCUGGCGCACACCGUACGUGACCACCUUGUGUCCCGUUGGAUACGCACGCAGCAGUAUUACUAUGAGAAGGACCCCAAGCGUGUAUACUACCUCUCUCUGGAGUACUACAUGGGCCGCUCCCUUCAAAACACCAUGAUCAACUUGGGCAUCCAAGGCACCGUGGACGAGGCCCUGUACCAGCUCGGCCUGGACAUUGAAGAGCUGGAGGAGCUCGAAGAAGAUGCUGGUCUCGGAAAUGGAGGCUUGGGCAGGCUGGCUGCCUGCUUCUUGGACUCCAUGGCCACACUUGGCUUGGCUGCUUAUGGUUAUGGUAUAAGGUACGAGUACGGUAUCUUCGCGCAGAAGAUCGAGAACGGCGAACAGCAGGAGGAGCCUGACGACUGGCUCCGUUAUGGCAACCCGUGGGAGAAGGCUCGUCCCGAGUUCAUGCUACCCGUUAACUUCUACGGACGGGUCGUCGACACUCCGCAGGGAAAGAAGUGGGUCGACACACAGGUGGUGUUCGCGAUGCCGUACGACAACCCGAUCCCCGGCUACAACAACAACGUAGUGAACACCCUUCGCCUUUGGUCUGCUAAGAGCCCUAUCGACUUCAACCUCAAGUUCUUUAACUCCGGCGACUACAUCCAAGCCGUGCUCGACCGUAACGUGGCCGAGAACAUCUCCCGCGUGCUGUACCCCAACGACAACUUCUUCGAAGGCAAGGAGCUCCGCCUCCGCCAGGAGUACUUCAUGUGCGCCGCCACCCUGCAGGACAUCAUCCGCCGCUACAAGUCCUCCAAGUUCGGCUCGCGAGAGGCCGUCAGGACCACGUUCGACAGCCUCCCAGAAAAAGUAGCCAUCCAGCUCAACGACACCCACCCGGCUCUGGCCAUCCCGGAACUUCUAAGAAUCCUCAUCGACCAGGAGGGUCUUCCCUACGAAGAAGCGUGGAAGCUCGUCACUAAAUGCUGCGCGUACACCAACCACACCGUCCUGCCUGAAGCGCUGGAGAGAUGGCCCUGCUCCAUGUUGGAGAACGUCCUCCCCAGACACAUGCAGCUCAUCUAUCAUAUCAACUUCCUCCAUCUACAGGAGGUCGAGAAACGCUGGCCGGGCGAUGCAAACCGUCUCCGCCGCAUGUCUCUGAUAGAAGAGGAGGGAGAGAAGCGAGUGAACAUGGCGAACCUCUGCGUCGUCGGCUCUCACGCCGUCAACGGCGUCGCCGCUAUCCACUCCGAGAUCCUCAAAGCGACCAUCUUCAGGGACUUUUACGAAAUGUGGCCUGAGAAGUUCCAAAACAAGACCAACGGAAUUACCCCCCGCCGUUGGUUGUUGCUGUGCAACCCUGGGUUAUCCGACCUUAUUUGCGACAAGAUCGGUGAAGAAUGGACGGUGCACCUUGAGAAGCUGCAGGGCUUGAAGCGCUGGGCUAAGGACCCUGGCUUCCAGCGAACAGUGAUGAAAGUCAAGCAGGAGAACAAGUUGAGGCUGGCGUCUUUGAUCGAGCGUGACACUGGGGUUAAGAUCAACCCGGCAUCCAUGUUCGAUGUGCAGGUGAAGCGUAUCCACGAGUACAAGCGGCAGCUGCUGAACAUCCUGCACGUGAUAACGCUGUACAACAGGAUCAAGCGCGAGCCGUCGGCGGCCGUGACGCCGCGCACGGUCAUGAUCGGGGGCAAGGCCGCGCCCGGGUACUACAUCGCCAAGCAGAUCAUCGCGCUGGCGUGCGCCGUGGGCAACACCGUGAACAAUGACCCUGACGUGGGCGACAAGUUGAAGCUGAUCUACCUGGAGAACUACCGCGUGACCCUCGCCGAGAGGAUCAUGCCCGCGGCUGACCUCAGCGAGCAGAUCUCCACUGCCGGUACCGAGGCUUCUGGCACUGGCAACAUGAAGUUCAUGCUGAACGGAGCGCUCACCAUCGGCACCAUGGACGGCGCCAACGUCGAGAUGGCCGAGGAGGCUGGCGAGCACAACCUGUUCAUCUUCGGCAUGAGGGUUGAUGACGUUGAGGCGCUGCAUAAGAAGGGCUACAACGCGUACGAGUACUACGAGCGCAACCCCGAGCUCCGGCAGUGCGUGGAGCAGAUCCGCAGCGGCUUCUUCUCGCCGGGCGAGCCGGGCCGCUUCGCGCACAUCGCCGACGUCCUGCUCCACCACGACCGGUUCCUACACUUGGCCGAUUUCGACGCUUACAUCGAGGCGCAGCAGCGCGUCUCUGAUGCCUACCAGGACCAGGCGAAGUGGGCGGAGAUGGUGAUCGAGAACAUCGCGACGUCGGGCAAGUUCUCGUCGGACCGCACCAUCGCGGAGUACGCGCGCGAGAUCUGGGGCGUCGAGCCCUCGUGGGAGAAGCUGCCGUCGCCGCAUGACACCGUCUAAACAUCGUUCCUCCAUAGCCUCCACUCAGCAGCAGAACUGUACUUUGGCAAGAGUAGCUUGUCAGAAAACGGCGCCGUAACUAAGAGAUUAUAUAUAGAGAAAUCGACCCGCCGUGACUCGGGUGAACGAGUGUUGAGGCAUCUGCUGCGAAAGCAGUGGAUGCUGGUUUGAUUCCAGCCCGGAGCACGAAAGGCCUUGGUCAUGUUUUUUUCGUAUACGACAUCUAUUUCACAUUAUAGUCGUUUGUCGGUUGACCAUAGUCAGAUGGAAUCAUACUGUCUUUUAUUUUACUCACUCUUAUAUUAUCAUAACAAUAAAGUGUUCAGUUCAUUCUGAAUAAAUAAUCUCGCUUAGCAACUUCUGCUGCUGAUUGUACAUAUCUGGCGAUUGCGCCGUUUGGGAAUCCCUCUCGCAAUAAACGCACCCGGCAGACGAAAUGACCGCGUGUGAGCGAGUCUUUUUCGAAUAGAUGCAUUCGUCAGAUCCGGACGCACUUUGAGACAGGAAUGAAUUGACUCUCCAAAUUAAUCGGAGAUGUAUUGCUUCUCUUGGUGUGUUUUAUUAUUCCUAUGAUGAUGAGUGGUGAUCUUAUAAUAUAAAGAUAUAAAGGCUCUAUAAGUCCUUAAUGAACGAGUUUAAAUUAUUAAACUAAAAUUAAAGAGUAAACUACUUUUACAAUAUCAACUAAAUACAUGUUGAACAUCGUCUUAAAGUAAUUUUGAAAGGCGUAUAUUGUUAGAAAAUUCUUACAAAUAAAUUUAUCGUGUUUAUAAUGUUGGCUAUAUUUCUAUCCUUCUAGUCUUAACUGUAUCUGUGUCUGUGUAGGCAAACUUUAGAGCAGCUUUUAGUGACCUUUUCACAACCAUUUGACUUUAUUACUAAAUUAAAAAGUUUGAAUCACUUUGAACCAUCAAUUUCUUUUGAUAUGAUUAUUUAAGACAUUGGUAAACUGAAAAACAAACGAAGCUUAAAACUUAAGUUGCCAUCCUGGUGGCUUGAGUUGGUCGUUUGUCGCCUUUCGUAUUGAAUCCGUUUUUAUUAUCGAUUUCAACAAUGACCGCCAUUUAGAGACUAUUGGCUUGCACUCGAUUAGAUCGCGAUUUUGGUAGCUAUGUUUGGUUCUUGUGUAUUGAGUAAGAGUUGAUUGUAAGAAAACCUAUUGAGAUUAUAGUAUGGAACUUUAUAAAUAACUUUGUAGAAGUUAUACACACCAGUUUUAGAGUAAGAAAAGUGCAUAAUAGAUAGUUAAAAUUUAUAUUCGCUUAAAUUAUGUUUGAAUGUUAUUUUUAUACUAUUAUGUCAGCGUAAAUAUUUUUGAGAAUUUAUUGUUGUGCCAUAACUAAAAGAUAAAAUUAUAUUUAUUAACGAUUUUAUUUAUAUUGUCCAGGCAGUUCCUCGAUGUUUGCGGUGAUUGUAUUAGGUAUUUUAUUUGAUGGAGUGUGAGAAAACGAACUAUACAUACAUAUAAUGUAUUUUAAACAUAUUUUUUAUAUAAAUGCAAUAAAUAGGUAAAAAUAAACUAAUAACCAGACUUAAUUAAUCUUCCAACUCACAACUUUUUGAUAUUUUUCUGUAUGAAGUCAAUGAACAAUUAUUAGAAAAAUAGUUAUAGUGAAAUUUUAAAUCUUUUUAUCAGUUUCUAUAGUUUUAUAUAAAAUAUAGUAUAUUAUAACAAAAUACUGCCAUAUGUAUUGUUAGUGUGCUGUUAUGUUACUCUUUGCAAUUUUAUUUUUAAUAAACUAUUAACAUUA